CAGUCAGCAAACAUUGAUGAAUUAACAAAAACAAGAAGCUCGAGCUUCCGUUGCAAUCCCUGACGAAAGGUUCUUUCUUAGCUUUAUAAAACAACUCUUGAUAUUCUACCAAUCUGUUUAUAAGUAUCGGAUACUUGCGCGCCUUAGCUGCGAAUCAUAUCCUUGUGUGUUCAGUCCGUCUUUUUCUUGGCCCAAAAGCAUACGAAGUGAAGUCAUCACUUGAUAGUAUAAACUAGUGAUUGGCACGCACCCAUUCUCGGCAACAUUCCCAUUAAAACCCGUUCGUUCAGCAAUCUUCUGGCACUUCUCGCUGCAAGCCAACUGAACUUGUCACAAAAAUCCUCACCCGUCAACGACCAAUAUGACUGCUACAUGGAACUUGAACGGGUUUCAAAUGGACGAGAUCCAUUCGUUUAUCGAGUCUCUACUGCCCCACGUCAAAGCGUUCGCGUAUACCUGGUUCAAUCUGCAAGCUCGAAAACGAAAGCAUUACAAGAAGCACGAUAUUCGUAUGACACCAGCGGAAGAGCGGAGAUGCAAAGAAGAGUUGGAUGCCGAGGCAGACGAAGUAAAACACAAAUGGGCCUCUAGACUGCUAGGCAAACUGCGCAAGGACAUUCUCGCAGAGUGCCGCGAGGAGUUUGUUAUGGCGAUUGCGGGAGGCAAGCCUGGUUCCAGUUGUCGUUGCGUCAUUUCAAAUCAAGAUCAGAAAGGCAAAAUGCGUCGAAUCGAUUGCCUGCGACAGGCGGAUAAAGUGUGGAGGCUAGACUUAGUUAUGGUGAUUUUAUUCCGUGGGAUACCACUGGAAAGUACGGACGGGGAAAGACUCGGAAAAUCCGAGUACUGUCGACAUCCAGGGCUGUGCGUUUUACCCAACCACAUCACAGUAACUGUAAGGGAACUGGAUCUUUUCCUUGCAAAUUUCAUGUGCAGUCGAGAGCACAAGGAUGAUGCUGACACACAAGUUUCACGCAGCUCCACUGCUGAAAGAGAUACCCAAAAAUUGGCUGCGCUGAACAACUUUGUGUUGUCUGGUGUUUUCUCUGUGACAGAGUUAUACCAGUAUUCAAAAACCCCAAUUCACUGUGGUGGUCAGAGUCAUGCCCAUAUGAUGAUCCCAAGCCUUGAAAGUCCCACGUUUCCCCAAGAAUCGAACCUUGAGCAUCAGUUCCCUCAUGCCUUGAACAUCCACCAGAGAUCAGAUCCUUUCGAGAUGAGGUACCGUAAAAAGAGCAGAACCCUUGGCUCCAUAUCAUCUGUGAAUGAAGACGUGAGUGAUGAGGACUACGCCCAUUCCCCAGCAGGCUUUUCACCGCAGUCAACACAGUGGCCAAAUGACAUUGAUCAAAGUCCUGGACAUUCUCAAGUCAUGCCCUUCCCAGUAAAAAUCAAACCAGAGCAGAACUGCAACAGUUAUAACAUUAUGGACCAGCAGUCCAAUAUCUCAUGCUGUGCGGUUAACGACCCUCAGUCACCAUCCAUCAACUCAUACAAUAACCAGCACCAAGUGCAAGGACGUCCCAUGGUCUCUCCUGACUACAACAACAACAUGAAUGACGCCUUCAUGCAUGCCAUGUCGGCAGGCAAAAACAUGAGCAUUCACCCUCAGCAGCAGGCAUUUCAGUUCAGAAUACCCACUGGACCGCUUACAGUUGGUUCUGCUCCUGGCAGAACUGGGCCAAUCACCGCAGAAUACCUACAGAUGCUGGACCGCCCAAGGUCAAGUUCGGUCCCAGUAGCACGACAAAUGGGUCUCAGUCCCUCCGCAGUGAUCCCACCUCCGGCCAGAUCGCAGAGCCUGGUGAAUGGCGCAAUGUCUGGAAGUGGAGGAAGCAGCAGUAGCAUCGCAAGCUCUGAUCAGAUGGUGUCUUCACCUACCAGGCAUUCACCUGUGUCCACAAGUCCAUCUAGGCGAAGCCCUUCAGGCAUAACCCUCAAUACAACGGUACAGAUUAUUCAGGCCCCUGUAACCAACCAGCAAAGCCUCAGUUCGCCAGUAAACAACCAAGCUCCCAUGGCCUACACUUAUGCCAACUACAAUUCCAACAACAUGGGAACAACGCUAAGCCCCACCCUCCCUAUGGGUGGGUGCAGGACCUCAGGUGCCAUGCAAAGAUGGGGACACCAAGUGUCAAUGUUGCAAAGUACUGGUGGAGUCUCUGAAGAGGAACAGAGUGAAUAUAAUCAGAUUGUGCAGACGUUGAAUGGCCUGCAUCAGGAGCAGGAGAACAUGCUAGACAAUGAUAGAAAUUUCUACCAAGUCCCGAAUCAUUCUGAGCCAAUGGAUGUUGCUGGGUCAAGGGUAGCUCAGUGAUCAUUUACAGAUGUAUGGAAUGUAAUGAAGCCCUAUUUCCACUUGUCGACAAUCAGACAUUCAGAACAAGGCCAGUACCAGACAUUGCCACAAAGGUAUUUCCAGGAAAUUAUUUCAAGGAUGCAUUCCCAAGAAGCUAUUCCCUGGAAGUUAUUUCCAGGAGGGCAAUUCCAUGAAGGGUUCUACAGUCUGGUCAACUAUAGCCAGAAUUAAGAUGGCCAGUGUUGUUGUUAUACAUGAGGUACAUGAGGUUUUGUUUGAGGUAAGCUGUUACAGGAACUUCUUGGAAUGGUGUGAGGUCCAUUUGUACUAACUCCUCACUCUUCCAUCAUCCUUUAGGUUAAAAUGUUGGCAUAUUACAAAGCUAUGUAAAUAUAUUUUACUACAAAUUUAUACAUAGAAUUACAAACAAUAAUUUAUUAGAUGCACUAUUUUAAUAUAAUGUUGCCAUAGAUGUUGAUAGCUUGUAUUUAUAUAUUGAUUAGUUUUAUAUGAUUUAAAAGGUUUAUACUCUAUAGUACUCUAGAAUACUCUAGUAUACUCUAGAAGCUUCGCUUAAGCCGCCUACAUUUUAAACCUGAUGGAUUGAAUCCUUAGUUUUCUAAGGCCCAAGGAAUGGUGUAGUUUCAUGCGUGAAAAUGAACCAAACCGAUUGUUUCAUCUUCAUUCGCAUGCAUUUGCAUUGGCCUCACCUAAGUCCAGUGAUUCAUCAUAGCCCAGUUUUUUUUUUUUUUUUUGCCAUCUGGUGUUGAAUACAAAUUUCAUUUUCUUCAUCAAAGUGGCUUUCAGGGCAAUGGAAUAUUCCUACCAGAGAAAAAAAAAAUUUCUUUUUCCAUCAUUCUGAUAGCGUUCAUUUUUAGAUUUGUAGAUUCGUCGGUUUGGUAUUAAUUUAAAAAACCAGGAAAAAGUAUUGAUUACGUUCUCAUUUCUCACAUUAGACAUAUAUGCUCGUUUGCUAGUCGUGGGAGGAAAAAUCUAUAAAAGUUUGGCAUUCGGACUCUGCUAAUCAA